GGCAAUGGCCUCAUCAUCAGCGCCGUAGCCUGCGGCCACCACCUGCACACGCCCAUGUUCUUCUUCCUGCUCAACCUGGCCCUCACUGACCUGGGCUCCAUCUGCACCACUGUCCCCAAACUAUUUCUAGUUUUCUUCUUCCCCACAGCAAAAUUUUCCUUGCUCACAGUCAUGAGCUAUGACCGCUACGUGUCCAUCUGCAAACCCCUGCUCUACGGGACCCUCCUGGGCAGCAGAGCUUGUGCCCACAUGGCAGCAGCUGCCUGGGCCAGUGCCUUUCUCAAUGCUCUGCUGCACACAGCCAAUACAUUUUCCCUGCCCCUGUGCCAUGGCAAUGCCCUGGGCCAGUUCUUCUGUGAAAUCCCACACAUCCUCAAGCUCUCCUGCUCACACUCCAAACUCAGGGAACAUGGAAUUAUUGUAGUUGUUGCCUCUUUAGCCUUUGGUUGUUUUGUGUUCAUGGUUUACUCCUAUGUGCAGAUUUUCAGGGCUGUGCUGAGGAUCCUCUCUGAGCAGGGACGGCACAAAGCCUUUUCCACCAGCCUCCCUCACCUGGCUGUGGUCUCCCUGUUCCUCAGCACUGGCACAUUUGCUCACCUGAAGCCUCCCUCCAUCUCCUCCCCAUCCCUGGAUCUGGCAGUGUCAGUUCUGUACUCGGUGGUGCCUCCAGCCCUGAACCCCCUCAUCUACAGCCUGAGGAACCAGGAGCUCAAGGCUGCCUUGAGGAAAAUGAUCACAGAUGGUUUUCAGUAG